AUGUCGCAUAGGAAGUUUGAACAUCCUCGCAGAGGCUCAUUGGGAUUCCUUCCUAGGAAGAGAUGCCGGCGUCAACGAGGAAAAAUCCGCUCGUUCCCAAAGGAUGACCAAUCAAAACCUACGCAUUUGUGUGCAUUCAUGGGUUACAAGGCCGGAAUGACUCACAUAGUGCGGGAAGUAGACAAACCAGGAUCCAAACUACACAAAAAAGAAGUGGUGGAGGCCGUUACAAUUAUUGAAUGCCCACCUAUGAUUGUAGUUGGUCUAGUUGGAUAUAUUGAAUCUAGGGGAUUACGUGUGCUAUCAACUGUAUGGGCCGGUCAUCUUUCUGAUGAGUGCAAGAGACGUUUCUACAAGAACUGGUAUAAGUCCAAAAAGAAAGCAUUUACAAAGUACUCUAAGAAGUUUAUUACCACCAGAAUGGAGUCUGAAUUGGCCAGAAUUAAGAAUUAUUGCACAGUCGUCCGUGCCAUUUGCCACACCCAGCCGUCAAAGACUAGCAUUGGCUUGAGAAAAUCUCAUAUCAUGGAGAUACAAGUAAAUGGUGGUACAGUGGCUGAAAAGGUCGAUUUUGUUGUUAGUUUAUUUGAGCAACCCGUACCAAUAUCUACAGUUUUUGAGGAGAACGAGAUGAUUGACACCAUAGCUGUGACAAAGGGGCAUGGUGUAAAAGGCGUUGUCAGUCGUUAUGGAGUAACUAGAUUGCCGAGGAAGACCCAUAGGGGAUUGAGAAAGGUUGCUUGUAUCGGCGCUUGGCAUCCAGCCCGAGUGCAAUUUCAAGUGGCACGAGCGGGGCAAAAAGGUUACUUCCACCGCACUGAGAGGAACAAGAAGAUCUACCGUAUAGGCUUAGGGAGAAAUCCAAGAAAUGCAAGUACGGAUUCUGAUGUUACUGAGAAACAAAUUACUCCAAUGGGUGGAUUCCCUCAUUAUGGUAUGGUGAGGGAGGACUUUUUGCUGGUAAAAGGUUGUAUUGCAGGGUGCCGUAAACGACCAAUUACUUUGCGUAAAACUCUAGUGCCACAAGUAUCUAGAGUUGCCCUGGAAAAGGUUUCACUGAAAUUCAUAGAUACAAGUAGCAAAUGGGGACAUGGUAGAUUCCAGACCAGUUUGGAGAAGCAGAAGUUCUACGGCCCGCUCAAGAGAACAGUUAUUGACCCUGUUCAAGCGUGA